AUGAAAGUUUUUAUUUAUUUAUUUAUUAUUAAUAUUUUUUUAAUUAAUGGUUUCGUAUUGAAUCGUAAAAAACGUUUUUGUCACAAUAACAGACCGAUAAUAGGAGUACUAACGCAAGAAGUUACGGGAUUGCUGGAACAAAAUUAUGGUAAACAUUGCAGUUACGUUGCGGCUUCUUACGUUAAACAUUUGGAAAGCGCUGGAGCCAGAGUCGUCCCCAUUUGGAUCGGAGCAGACGAAAGUUAUUAUCGAAACAUACUCUCGCUGAUAAAUGGAGUUUUACUUCCGGGUGGUGCAUCAGAAUUUAACGUAACAAACGGUUACGCGGCUGCGGGUUGGUACAUAAUGUCGAUAGCAGACGAAUUUAAUAAAAACGGUGAUUAUUUUCCAAUAUGGGGAACGUGUUUAGGAUUCGAAUUAAUUACUUAUUUAUCAAAUAAUAAUAAUGAUUUACGAGAAGAUUGUAAAUCGAGCAACGAAGCUCUACCCAUUAAAUUUAAACCAGAUUUUGGAAACAGUAGGUUAUUUAGAUUAAUACCGUCGGAAAUUGUCGAAAUAUUAUGUAAACAAAAUUCAACGAUUAAUUUUCAUCAAUAUUGCAUAACGGAAAAACUCCUUUACAAAUACGAUUUGUUUAAAAUCUGGAAGGUUUUAUCGACGAAUUUCGACGAAUGCGGUCUGGAAUUUGUAUCUUCCAUAGAACAUAAUAUUUAUCCAUAUUUUGGAGUGCAAUUUCAUCCGGAAAAACCUGCUUACGAAUGGAAUCCGAAACAUAAUACUCCGCAUACGAGAGACGUUAUCAAAGCCAAUCAAUAUUUCAUGGAAUUUUUCGUAGACGAAACAAGAAAAAAUUGUCACACAUUUACAUCGGAAGAACAAGAAAGGGAAAAUCUCAUAUAUAAUUUUCCGACGACUUACGGUCUACCUCAAAGCACUUUUACUCAAAUUUAUUUUUUUGAUUGA